CUGGAGGGGCCACCACAAGACCUAGUCAGAGGGACAGGAUGGAGGGGCCGGUGUUAACGCUGGGGCUGCUGGCUGCCCUGGUCGUGUGUGGCAGCUGGGGCCUGAACGAGGAGGAGCGGCUGAUUCGGCACCUGUUUGAAGAGAAGGGCUACAACAAGGAGCUCCGGCCUGUGGCUCACAAAGAUGAGAGCGUGGAGGUCUCGCUGGCCCUCACACUCUCCAAUCUCAUCUCUCUGAAAGAAGUUGAGGAGACCCUCACCACUAACGUGUGGAUUGAGCACGGCUGGACGGACCCCCGGCUGCAGUGGGAUGCUGAAGAAUUUGGAAAUAUCAGUGUCCUGCGCCUGCCCCCUGACAUGCUGUGGCUCCCAGAGAUUGUGCUGGAGAACAACAACGACGGCUCCUUCCAGAUUUCCUACGCCUGCAACGUGCUCGUCUACCCUUCGGGCUACGUGUACUGGCUGCCGCCCGCCAUCUUCCGUUCCUCUUGCCCCAUCUCCGUCACCUACUUCCCCUUCGACUGGCAGAACUGCUCCCUCAAGUUCAGUUCACUCAAGUACACAGCCAAGGAGAUCACCCUGAGUCUGAAGCAGGAGGAGGAAGAGGGCCGCUCCUAUCCUGUGGAGUGGAUCAUCAUCGACCCCGAGGGUUUCACAGAGAACGGGGAGUGGGAGAUAGUGCACCGGCCAGCCAGGAUCAACGUGGACCCCAGUGUCCCGCUGGACAGUCCCGGCCACCAGGACGUCACCUUCUACCUCAUCAUCCGCCGCAAGCCCCUCUUCUACAUCAUCAACAUCCUGGUGCCCUGCGUGCUCAUCUCCUUCAUGAUCAACCUGGUCUUCUACCUGCCGGCUGACAGUGGCGAGAAGACGUCAAUGGCCAUCUCGGUGCUCCUGGCCCAGUCGGUCUUCCUGCUGCUCAUCUCCAAGCGGCUGCCCGCCACGUCCAUGGCCAUCCCCCUCAUCGGCAAGUUCCUGCUCUUCGGCAUGGUGCUGGUGACCAUGGUCGUGGUGAUCUGUGUCAUCGUGCUCAACAUCCACUUUCGUACACCCAGCACCCACGUGCUGUCUGAGGGGGUCAAGAAGCUCUUCCUGGAGACCCUGCCCGAACUCCUACACAUGUCCCGCCCGGCAGAGGAUGGGCCCAGCCCAGGGUCUCUCGUCCGGAGAAGCAGUUCCCUGGGCUACAUCUCCAAGGCCGAGGAGUACUUUUUGCUCAAGUCCCGAAGUGACCUCAUGUUUGAGAAGCAGUCGGAGCGGCACGGGCUGGCCCGGCGCCUCACCACCGCACGCCGGCCCCCAGCAGGCUCUGAGCAAGCCCAGCAGGAGCUCUUCAGUGAGCUGAAGCCAGCCGUGGAUGGGGCCAACUUCAUCGUCAACCACAUGAGGGACCAGAACAAUUACAAUGAGGAAAAGGACUGCUGGAACCGAGUGGCCCGCACAGUGGACCGACUCUGCCUGUUUGUGGUGACGCCCAUCAUGGUGGUGGGCACGGCCUGGAUCUUCCUGCAGGGCGCCUACAACCAGCCCCCACCUCAGCCCUUCCCCGGGGACCCCUUCUCCUACCAUGAGGAAGAUAAGCGCUUCACCUAGGGGAAGCAGCUGGUAUGGUGAGCAGCCCUGUGGAGAGGCCCACACGGCAAGGAACUAAGGCUCUCUGCCUGCAGCCACAUGAGUGACCUUGGAAGUGGAUCCUCCAGCCCUGCUGGGCCUUCAGAUGAGAUCACAACCCUGGCGAACAUCUUGGGCACGGCCAGUUCUUGAGCCAGAACCACCCAGCUAAGCUGCUCCUGGAUUCCCGACCCUCAGAAACUGUGUGGGAUAGUAAAUGUUUGCUGUUUUAAGAGACAAAGUUUUGGGGUGCUUUGUUACACCAGCGGGGUGACCUUGGGUGAGCCACCCUCAUCUAUUAGCUGUUUUCUCGCCAGCAAAAUGUGUGUAUCAUAAGUCCCAUCUGUGAGGGGCUGUGAAAAUAGAAUCUGCUAGUGGGCAUAAAGGUACUUACACGUGUCCUACAAA